CCCGGGCGCUGACGUCAGGAGUAUGUUUGCAGUGUGGACGUGCGGAAUGUGAGAGCAGCAGCAGCCAGAGAAGAAGAAAAGGAACACGCAGCGCAGAGAGAGUGAUGGGCGCUGUCCGCGCGGUUUAAUCCGAGAUUAAUCCUAAUUAUUAUAUGUAUAAACGUAAUAACCGCGUGUGAUGAGAUCCGCGCGCUCCGCGGAGGAGCUGAGUGUGAGUUUUCGUGCGGAGGAGCGCUGCUGCUACACAAACUAGCGGAGUCCGCACGCCGCACACUGCUGUGCUGUAUCAUUAGCGUCAUUAUUGUCGUUAUUAUUGAUUAGUGAUCAGUAGUGUCUGAGAUGGAGGAGCCGGGCAGCGCUCCGGACCCGGACCGGGACCGACAGUUCUGCGAGCUGUGCGGGAAAAUGGAAAACCUGCUGAAAUGCGGCCGCUGCAGGAACUCCUUCUACUGCAGCAAGGAGCACCAGAAGCAGCACUGGAAGAAGCACAAGCUGACCUGCAGGGAGGCGGAGGAGAAGCAGAGAGCACAGAAAGCUCCUCCGGGCAGCAGAGAGGAGCCGCAGGGCUCCACGCAGGGCUCCACGCAGGGCUCCACGCAGGGCUCCACGCAGGGCUCCACGCAGGGCUCCACGCAGGGCUCUAAGGACGCGGGGAAAGUGAAAGAUGUCAUCAGCAGUGCUGAAGGCUCGGAGGUCUCGGAGGGAAAGCUGUCAGACGACGGCAUCAACAACAACAACAGCAGCAGCACCCUGAGGCCGAGCAGCGGCGCGAGGUCCUCCCCUCAGAAGCUGGCGCUGGAGUACAUCGCUCCCUGCAUGAACAAGCACGGCAUCUGCGUGGUGGACAACUUCCUGGGCGAGGAGACCGGACUGAGCAUCCUCGCCGACGUCAAGGCGCUCCAUCAGAGCGGCAAGUUCACCGAUGGACAGCUGGUCAGCCAAAAAAGUGACUCCUCUAAGGACAUACGGGGGGACAAAAUAGCCUGGAUCGAGGGUCAGGAGCCCGGAUGUGAGAAGAUCCGAUUCCUGAUGAGCCGCAUGGACGACCUGAUCCGACACUGCAACGACAAACUGGGGAACUACAGGAUAAAUGGAAGAACGAAAGCUAUGGUGGCUUGUUACCCCGGUAACGGAACAGGAUAUGUGCGCCAUGUGGACAACCCUAACAGUGAUGGGAGAUGUGUCACAUGUAUAUAUUAUCUUAAUAAGAAUUGGGAUGCAAAGGAACAUGGGGGACUGCUGAGAAUAUUUCCUGAAGGAAAGUCGCAGUUUGCAGAUAUCGAGCCUAAAUUUGACCGAUUGCUUUUUUUCUGGUCGGACAGACGAAACCCGCAUGAGGUUCAGCCGGCGUACUCCACCAGGUAUGCUAUAACGGUGUGGUAUUUCGAUGCUGAUGAACGAGCUCGUGCUAAAGAGAAAUACCUGACAGGUUCUGGAGAAAAGGGAGUGAAGGUGGAGCUUAACAAGCCGUCUGAGCCGCGCUGACGAGUGCUCCUCCCGAAACGCUCUGAGCGGAGAACAAACCGAAAACCGACAUACAAAUGUACAGACGUCUGUAUCAGCGACGGCACCGGAAACAUCGAGAAACAAGCUGUUAUUAUUCAGGCAGAAACAAUCAACUAAUUUUGAAUGUAAUGUCAUCAAACCGCAAAGACUUUAUCUCCCUCUAUUUUUAUACGAGCCGAGCGCAGAAAUGGACCACGAUCUGGACGAGGGCUUCACCUCAUUUCAGCCUCCAUGUUUUGUUUUGUUCUGGUUUGUUUUUUGGUAAAGUACACUCUUAAAACAGAAAGGUGUUAAAAGGGUUCUUCGAGUGAUUACAUGGAACAGAGGUCCUCAAAUCUGGACCUUAACUCCAGAUUCCAGUCCUGGAUUUUGUGCUCACUGGCAGUUGAGACACAGAGUGGAAACUGGAUUCAAGGUCAAAUCUCCGCUGCAGUAGAACCACUCUUGGUUUCCCAAAGAACCAAACAAGAAUUUUGUUUUUCUGAAUGUAAAGAACUUCAAAGAAGGUUCUUUACCAAUUCAGGGGUUCCUCCAGGAACGUGCUUGAUGUGGAGGUUCUUUAAACUUUAAAAAGGUUCUUCAUGCUUACACAUCUCAUUUACAAAAGUGGUUCUCUGAAGAGUAAUCCACAGGAAGGGAAUCAAAAGUGGGUUCUUCUACAGCAUCACACAGAGAACCCUUGUCCUUGGCAGUGAAGGUACAGCGCUCUUCGUUACUCGGCUGUUUGUGAUUCAUGUUCCUUUGAUUUGAUGGUGAUGAGUUGAACCUGAUGACCUGUUUGUUUUUGGGCCGAAGCUCAGCUGAAGCGUAUUUCUGAGAUCCGAGAUCCGGUUCUGUACAUUAAGCUGCUUCUCCUUGUGUUUGUCGUGGCUGUUCUGAUCUUGUGUUGAAAGGCUUUGGAUUGUUCUGCAGACUAAUCUCUUAUUGGCUUGUUAAAAUGCUAAUUAAUCUGCUCAAAUUACAGGUGUUUUAUCAAGCAAUUAAAAGGUACUGCACGAACAUUUAA